AUGAGUCAUCAUUCACAAAUCGAAGAACACGAGUUUACAUUUACUGGUGACUUCCACUAUCCUCUCAAAGAUAAAGCAAAUUUAUGCAACACUACAUUUUACAUGCACAGUAUCUAUGAACAUGUGUUUAAUGGAAAUGUAGGCGCUCCGGUUCAUGAAAAGUUACAAAACGGUGGCCAAAUACUAGUAAUUGGUGUUGAAAGUGGAAUUUGGGUCACAGAGGUUGCUUCUGAAUAUCCAGAUACACAAAUUUAUGCGAUUGACGCUAGCGUACCAUCUUCAGACUCUUGUGAAAAUGUUACAUUCAUAGAAUGGAGUGUUUUUAAAAAGCUACCAUUCCCCGAUAGUGAAUUUGAUUAUGUUUUUAGUAGAGAUAAAUAUUCAAUAUUUGCAAAAAAUGAUUUUCAAGAAAAUUUAUCAGAGAUCUUUAGAGUAUUAAAGCCUGGAGGGUAUUCAUGGCUCAUGAACCAUAAUAUUGAUCAUAAUUUAAUGGUAACCUUUGAAAAUGUCCUUCAAGAGUCCGGGAAAGCCGAAUCCAUAUCGCGUAAUAUAGUAAACAUUCCGAUCAGAAGCGACAAUUCUUUUGGGGAGUUUAGUCUUGAUGUUUAUUUAUUUUAUUUCAGGAGUGCGAAAGAUUAUAUGGCACCUUUUAUGGAUAUUUCAUUUGAAGAAUUUGAUACAUUGAUGAAUAAUGUUGAAAGUGAACUAAACGCUAAAAAUAGCAGUGUAGUAUUAAGACACAAACAAGUAUUUGCAAGAAAAAAGAACACGCAUUCUAAGGAAACUGAAAUCAAAAGUAUCGUCUCUAGCGAUAAAUAA